AUGUCGUCAGAGGAAUUUCUCCUUGCCUUAAGACGGUUCAUUUCCCAGAGGUGUGUUCCAAGUGAGGUCACUUCGGACAAUACAUUACAAUUCAAAACAGCUAGUGCCACAAUUGAUUUGCUUUGGUCUAGAAUGCUUAAAAAUGAGGAGGUUCUUAGUUACAUGUCCGAAAAGAGAAUAAAAUGGCAUUUCAUCGUCGAACGUGCACCAUGGUUCGGAGGAUAUUAUGAAAGGCUAGUUGGUUUAGUCAAAAGAUCACUACGUAAAACAUUGGGUCGUAAAUUACUUACUUUGAUCCAAAUGACAACGGUUUUGAAGGAAAUUGAAGCCGUUAUUAACACAAGACCAUUAGUUUAUGUUGGUGACGACAUCGAUUCAAAUAUCACGUUGACACCAAAUCAUUUCCUUACCUUAAAUCCAAGAGUCAGUGUACCUGAUACUGACAGUGAUGAAAAUGACCACAGUUACUUACCUUGUGAAAGUUCCGCAGAAAAAUUGUUAGCUUUGUGGCAUAAAGGUGAAGUACUGCUUGACAAAUUUUGA